AUGGAAAAUGAAGAACCAGUUCUUCCUCAAUCUCACGGUUGUAACAUUCAAGGUAUGGAUCGGGUGGUGGCAACAAUUACUGGUUACCAUGAACCAGAUAGAUUCAACCUUAUUAAGCUGAUUUCGUAUGCCGGUGCUAAUUACGUUGGAAUGAUGUCAAAAUCAAUAACGCAUCUGGUGUGUUGGAAGUUUGAAGGAAAGAAAUAUGAUAUUGCUCGAAAAUUUAGAAUACCUAUAGUCAACCACCGUUGGGUUGAAGACUGCAUAAAGGAAGGAAGGCGUGUCCCGGAAGAUUCUUAUACCAUGCAAAGUGGACAUGAAGUAGGGCCAUUGUUAAUGGAAGUUCCUGUCACUGUUCAAGCAAAUAGCUUGUCGAAGAAAAAAGUGGUUAGUGGCAGUUUAUGUGAUAUUCGAUCUGAAAGGCAAAAUAGUGACUUCAGUUCUUGGCUCUGUGGAAUUUCUAUUUUGGAAGAUUCUUCUUUAUUGAGAAAGCAUGAGGAGUCAAGUUCAUAUUCAUCUAGACGGUCAAAGAAAGGUAAAAGAAAUAGUGAGAAUGAAGUAAGUACUGAAGCAAGACAUUCUCGUAAAGGAAGAAAGGUUGUGAAAAAUGCUGGUAGUGUGGCGUUAGACCCUAUAAUUUUGGAUUUAAGUACAGACGACCAGCUUAUCGAAAUGGAUCUACACACUGAAGCUGCAGCUACUUCUACCAUUUCUAGCCGUGUCAAUAUUGGCAAUAUUCAAGAAAAUAGUGAAGGACUUGAUAUUGGACUAUCUAGACAAAGUAGAACUAUCGAUGGAAGUUCAAAUGGCAUUGAGCAGAGUAGAGAUUCAUAUAAUUUAUCUACUCCCACAAAUUCAACUUCGUUUGUUGAAGAUCCCCUUCCUUUGACACAAACUUCAGUAGACUUAUGUUCCAGUGCUGCGGAAAAGUCCACUGGUGGUGACAUGGUUGAUAAUUUUGAUGACUUACCUACUACAAAGGACUUGUCAUGUGUUAUAUGUUUCACAGAUUUCAGUUCAACAAGGGGGAUUUUAGCCUGUGGACAUCGGUUUUGUUUUCCAUGCAUCCAGGGUUGGGUUGAUCACAGAAUUGCAAUGGGAAAAAUUUCAACCUGUCCUUUGUGCAAGGCAAGUAUUACAGGGAUCAUGAAAGUUGAGCAUGCAGCCACCACUGAUCAAAAAGUUUACUCCCAGACAAUUCCAUGUGACUACCCAGGCUCAGAUAUUUUUAUCCCCAUGGAUCAUGAAUUUCGAAACAAUAGCAUAGAGUCCUCCCGUGCAGGUGCUUGUGUAAUUUGCAGUGGUCGAGAACCUGAGGAUCUACUUCACAAUUGUGAUGUUUGUGGAAGUCGAAGAAUUCAUUCCUAUUGCAUGGACCCUCCUUUACUGCCUUGGACAUGCAGUCCCUGCAAGGAACUUCGAAUGAUUUAUCGUAACCGUUCAUAUUAG